GCUGAGCGUGGCGGCGGUGGAAAGGGGGGGGUUGAGUACGGAAGAUGGCGGUGUCCGUCCUGCAGCUGGCAGAACUGGCCCUCCACGGAGCCGCCUUCCUCUGCGGGAUCGUCUGCGCGUCGGCCCUCACCGUGGCACAGGGAGAGUUUGGCGGCUGGUGCAUCCUCUACGGGACGGUGAGCUGGAACGGGACGGCGCUGGUGCCCAAAUCCUUCAGCCACGUCUCCCUCUGCUAUUUCGUCUCGGCCGUCUCCAUCGUGGUGGCCCUGUAUUGCUUCUCCUCGCUCCUCUACGGCAUCUACAGCUGCUGCACCAACGAGUCCCAGUGGGACCGCGCCUGGCUCAGCAUCGCCCUGGUCGCCGCCCUCAUCAUCCUCUUCUUCCUCCUCAUCUCAGCCUGCAUCCUGCGCGUAGGGAUGGAUGCUUUCUGCGCCUCCAUCGUGCAGACCAAGAGUUUGUCCAGCUGCCAGGAGGCUGAGCACAAGCCGUGGGUGUCCUACACCCCAAACCGCUUCUACAGCAACCUCUACAGCUCCCAGGCAUCGGCGUGGGUGAACGUGUUCCUCUGGUGCCUCCUGAGCGCCCGGCUGCUGCUCCAGCGGCGGAGGGAGGCCCCGUUCCCGCUGCUGCGUCGCAACGACCCCGAGUGGAGCGCCGAGACAGAAGCCAUUUUCGGGGGGCGCCCCGUACGGCCCUGAAGGAAAAGGGGGUGCCGGGGUGUGUGUUUCGGGGGGGGCCAGACCCCGGUGGGGAGCACGGGGUACGCUCCAGGCACCCCACGGUGCACGAGGAGGCGGGGACGGUCUCGGCCCUGCGGUGCCAAAGGACCCUGUGCCAGCGAGCUGGGGGGUCGCGGGGCGCCGGGCACCCCUGGCAGCUCCCCCCCCCCCAACCCCCCCCACGUCAUCAGGGCUUUUUGGGUGGUGAACUUUGUUAUUAAAGAGGAGGAUUUGCGAGA